GAGAGAGAGAGAGAGAGGUGAGUGCAAGUCUUCACCAAUUUUGUUUUCUGGUUGAGGCAAUUAAAUGAGUGGCUCACCCAGGACACAGGACGAUGCAUUAAACUGGUCCAUGCAUGUUCCUGGACACUAAGUGUGUUUGUCUAUAUGUACUGAGAGAGAGAGAGAGACUUUUCAAGCUAGCUAGCUAAUAAGAAAUAAGGAGAAAUGCAGAGAAAGAGAUAUUGCAGAAGAAGAUAAAAUGCAUGAAUAAAUUAGUGGCACCAGUUAUGGCACAUUUAGUGAUUGAAUAGUGGGGGCAUGCAUCUGCUUUUGAUUUCUGCCUUAGAGGAUUGACUGGGGCAAUUCUGGCUAGUACAUGAUGACUCCAAACAUCCUCACCUAAAUUAAACCCAAAGCACCGAUGCACACUGCAGCCGUUGCCCCCCUAUAUAUAUUAACACAAAUGGGCAGCUGAAUGAAUUAGAUCGAUCAGGUAGAUCAAUAUAUUAAUAUACACUAAUUAUUGGGUCUUCAUGGCUAUGUCGUUCUUUCCAGCAACGAUAAGUAUUAAUUGCUAUAGGUCUCCUAUGGCCGCUCUGUUCAUCUUGCUUCUUGGCCUCUCCGUGCUUAGCUCCCAAAUGAAAGGGACACAAUCCAUCGGAGUAUGCUACGGAAGAAACGGUGAUAACCUACCGCCGGCGUCAGAAGUUAUAGAUCUCUACAAAUCCAACGGCAUCGCCCAAAUGCGAAUCUAUGAUCCAGAUCAAUCCGUCUUUCAAGCCCUUAAAGGAUCCAACAUAGAUCUCAUCCUAGAUGUCCCCAAAGACAAACUCCAAUCCCUCGCUUCAAACCCUUCGGCCGCCGCCGACUGGGUCCAAACCAACGUCAAGAGCUUCUCUCCCGAUGUCAAAUUCAAGUACAUCGCCGUCGGCAACGAGAUCAAGCCCGGCGACGCCGAGUCCAAUUACGUUCUCCCCGCCAUGCAAAACGUCCACACCGCCAUCGCUUCCGCCGGCCUCCAAGACCAGAUCAAAGUCUCCACCGCCAUAGAGUUUGGCCUCCUCGGCACCUCCUACCCUCCCUCAGACGGAUCCUUUAGGGACGACGCAAAAACCUACAUAAACCCUAUUAUAACCUUUCUCGCCAGCAACGGUUCCCCGCUUCUGGCCAAUGUCUACACCUAUUUUAGUUACAUUGGUGAUCCCCAAAAUAUCCAACUUCAGUACGCCUUGUUCACCGCCCCAGGCGUCGUCGUCCAUGACCCGAACAGCAACCUCGACUACCGGAACCUCUUUGAUGCCCUAAUGGAUGCUCUAUACUCUGCUCUCGAGAAGUCCAACGGCGCGAACGUGGAAAUUGUUGUGUCGGAGAGCGGGUGGCCGUCGGCCGGCGAGGCGGCGGCGACGACGGAGAAUGCAGGGACUUAUAACAAGAACUUGAUUGAUCAUGUUAAGGGAUCAGGCGGAACCCCAAAGAAGCCUGGACGAGCAAUCCAGACUUAUUUGUUUGCCAUGUUUGAUGAGAAUCAGAAGCAGGGUGCUGCCACGGAGCAGCACUUUGGUCUUUUCUCGCCUGACAAACAACCCAAGUACCAAAUUAGCUUUAAUUAAAUACGUAUUUAUCAUAUACGGAUCUUGUGGGAGAGUGGCUAGCUUCUGGCCCUGCUAGCUCUAUGUAUCUCACUGUAAUAAAGGCUUGUUCAUGGGAAAAGCUAUUUAUGCUAUAAUAUCAUAUUGGAAUAAGAUUUUCUAAGUGAUAUGAUUGAAA